UCUUUCCCCGAUCCCGUUGGUCCACUAGGAGACCGGAGAGACCGUAGAGAGAGGUGACUAUGGAGGGGGAUCAUCCAGGCAACAUGGCCGUCUGAACCGCGGACAACCCGAAGAUGCAGAGUCUAUUGUUUUCUGCUUUGUGUCUGAAACUCUUCUGGAUUCUGUCGUGUCGGGGCCAGAGCUGGCCUACUGAUGGUGUAUAUUAUGGGAUGUUGGGGUCCAACGUGACGCUGGCUUGCGGGACGUCGCCACAGAGGUCACCAGUGGAAUGGCGUCUCAACCAGAGCUCUACGUUGCCAUGGCAUCGCGUCACUGCAAAUGGCAGCUUGGUGCUGUUCAACGUCAACCAAUCAGCAAAGGGCAACUACAGCUGUCAUGGCGACCAGGGCACCACCCACAGCAUUGUCUCACUGAAGCUCGGAUAUCCACCAGGGCCCCUGAACGUAUCCUGUCGAGUCCCGAAUCACAAACACGUGCGCUGCUCGUGGGUCAGCAGAGUCAAAACCUUCCUGCCUGCCCAGUACCACGCCUUCUACUGGGAAAAUUCUUCGUGGAAACUGUGUGUGGUGGAUUCCACCAACCACCACUGUGACAUCGCGCAUCCCCAUUUCUGGCAGCUCAACCAUCGGCUGAACAUCACCGAGGUCAACCCCCUGGGAGCAGCGCUCACCAGGCAGACCAUCCAACUGCAUAAGCUCUUGAAGCCGGACCCUCCGGCGGAACUGGUGGUGGCGGCCCGGCCCAGCUUCCCCACCCACCUGAACGUGUCCUGGCGGUACCCGCACUCCUGGCCACAGCUGGACUUCUUCCCCCUGCUCUUCCAGAUCAGAUACAGGCCCCACGGCUCCACACACUGGGCACAGAUUGAGUCCAUGGGGACUAAUGUAGUGGUCCAUGAUGCGCUGGAGGGCUACCUCCACGAGGUGCAGGUCCGAGCCCAGGACGAGCCUAACGCCGACAGCCACUGGAGCGACUGGAGUCCCCUGAUCCUGGCCCGGCCUUGGGAAGCCCCAGGAACAGAGCAGCCUGAUGUCUCAGGAGGAACACCCCCCACUGGAGUGUAUCCAGAUGACCCGCUUGGCAUCGAGACCAUCACCAGUAAGAACAGAGACGAUGCAGCAGGGGAAGAAGAGAAACUCAGUUUGGUCAUUCUAUUGGUUAUCUUCUCCAUCGUCAUCUUCAUCAUCAUCCUCUCCCUCACCGUGGUCAUGUGUUUGAGGCAGAGGAGACGUCAUGUGACCAAACAGGAAGUGAGCUCCAUGCUCAAGAUGAAGGCCAUCCCUCUGUAGGAUUGGAUCCGUCCUCUGUCCGUCUGAACCACUGCAGUUCUCUUUGCUGGGUCAAACUACAUCCCCCACAAUGCAUGGUCCAGUAGAAGCAGGAUUUCCAGUAGGCAGAAGCUGAACUGUAUAAACAACUGUUGAGAGUGUUGAGUUUCACCUCACCUCAAACUACACUACCCAUAGUGCAUCAAGGCAACAAGGCUUUUAUCUUCACAGUAACGGACUCCUGAAUUGUUAUUGGAAGUGGGCCUUGACGUCGAUCCUCCAGCCAUGUUCUUCCUCUCAUCUAUACCAGCCAUUUUUGUCCACAAGAGAACAGUUUUUUCUGAUGUUUUUUUUGUGAGAAGAUAAAGACUGACUUUUAUUUAAAUGUCUGACUGUGAAGAAGCGUCAAACGAAACUGGGCAUUACUGAAUACAAGUAUUCAAUAGGGUGUCGUCUGCAUACAGGCGUACUAUAAGGCAGGGCUGUUUCAGAUCUUUCAGCUCGGUAGCCCAAAGACAAUUUGGGCCGACCACAGCACACUCAGAAUACCCAGACAACAUCCGAUCCGUCUCAUUAAGAGGUUCACCUAUUCUGGUGUGCUCAGAGUUUAUUGUGCAUGGACAGGCUGUGACCCGCCUCUGACCGGAUGACCACCAGUUUCGGGACCCAAAACCGAUUUAAGAAGUACAUAGGAUAAUUAGAGUAUGGUGUCUAAAUACGUACAUCAGAGUAUGGUGUCUGAAUACGUACAUUAGAGUAUGGUGUCUGGAUACGUACAUCAGAGUAUGGUGUCUGGAUACGCACAUCAGAGUAUGGUGUCUUGAUACGUGCAUUAGAGUUUUGUCAACUGGACUCUACGCACUCUGCAGAGAGAGAGAGAGAGAGAGGGGGGGAGAGCGAAUAGCGUGAGAGAGGAGAUGGUAGAGCUUUCAGCCUAGCACACACCAACAGUGUUGAAACAUCACAUUGAUGUUUGAACAAGGUCUCAGGUGUGUCAGUCCCUCGAUUCAGUGUUUCUGAUCUGAGUUUAAAAAAUGACCUUUAAACAGUACAUUGUACUUCUUCCCCCCCAGCCAUUGAUAUUCAUAUUCAUUUGAAUGUGUGCACAAACACAAUCCCCAGACACUUAAACCACAUGGUGGGGUGGGGAUUUCAUAACCAACAGGAGAGCCUGUAAUGUCUUAAACAUCGGGUUGAGUUCUAAUGUCAUUAGCCUUGGGUGGAGAUGUGAUUUCAUCACCUACGGGUUGGGUUAUGAUGCCAUUGCCCAUAGCUGGAGUUCGAUUGUUCCAAACCUAAAUGUUUUAACAGUAAAACUAUGUUCUGUUUAUUUUGAGCGAGUCAGUUACUUUGUGCUGAUCUAAAGUUGUGUAUUUACUUUGCGAUUGAUUGAUUGGCCUGAGGUGUAUUUUGUCAGCCCUUUCGCACGUUUGCAAACGUAACGGCCACUCAAGCUAGCUUUUCACAUUAUAUGCAUGAAUCCAACGAAAGCUUUCUCUGUAUAUUAUUGUAUAUUUUUCAUCAUUUUACGUUUCAUGUAUGUUACCAAAAGUGUUUCUAUGUUUUUCUAUGUUCUGGUUCUAACAGGAAGUCCCUCCAAAUAUGCUUUUAGUUGUAGUUUAGCAAAAUGUGCCACUUUAUAGCGCCAGUUACUGAAAAUAACCAAAUCACUAGAGGAAACAACUAACCUGCAAAUGAGGACACUGUUGCUAAGUGACCAAAUUAUACAGGAUAUGACGACUGGUUAGUACUACUGUUGGCUAUUACUUCUCUAAGUAAGCUAGUAGUACGAACUGUUGGCUGGUAAUACUAAUGGUUAGUAGUACUAUUGGCUAGUAGGACGGUUGCCUAUUAGUUCUACUUGCAUUAGUAUAUCUGUCAGGUAGUAGUGCUCAUUUCUCUAUGUAUUAGCGGCUCUUGUCGCAAACAUGUGUAGCCUUCAGCUUCCAAUGCAAUCUGUUUAUACGUACUUUAUAGAUUAUAUUUGAUAGAUUAUAUUUGAUAGAUUGCUGAUCUACCUGAUCAUUUUCAGCAUUGAGUCAUUGGUGUCCAUGGUCUAGAUUCAGAGAGAGAUUGAGAUUAUGUAGCCUAGAUGUAAAGGAAAUAGAUAUUCUAGAUUUUCCGUACAAAAGAAAGCUCUGCAACAGGAGUAAUCACAUAAAACACCUAGCACUGAGUAUAAUAGUACUAUUAGUUUUACUACUUCUGGUAUAAUAGAUACUAGACAGAUCUACUGUGCAGGCUAUGUGUAUAUAUGUAUGUAUGUAUAUAUGUAUAUAUAUGUAUACAUCAGUGGAGGCUUCUCCAUUGAGGAGAGGGAGGAAGAUCCUCCCUAACAUUGUUGAGAAUAAAAAAUGUAGAUUGCCCAGACUAUUGUAAUGAAUUAAUGCCCUUAAAUAUGACUACUUUAUUGCCUUUGAAUAUAUAAUGUUCGUUUCCCUGGGUAAUGGGACAUUAGCACCCCCUAUCGCCUAUUGACAAUUACUUCAGGGAGGAACGUCCUCCGGAAGCCGCCGUCCACUCCCAUUCAUUUUCCCGAAAGUACUGGCGGCCGGUGGAUAACAUGGGUUUCAAUGGGAGAGAGGAGGAAAAUCCUCCUCUGAGUGGGUGGGACCUUAAGGGGUCUGAUUCGCGCAAAAAUCUAUCCGUCUGCGCUAUGAACCAAUAAGCAGGAUCCCUGGAUGUUGAGCAGUGUUGCCAGAUUGGUCCGAUUUCCCACCCAAUUGGGCUACUUUUAACCAUGUUAGGCUGGAAAGAUCAUCAUUGGGCGGGAAAUCUGCCCAAUCUGGCAACGCUGUCGAUAGCAAACCCGGUCUGCAUUGCCGCGGUGUUCAGUCUGAAAGACGCAGAGCAAGUGAAAUCUGCGAUAGCGCGAUCCUAAAUGCACAAUGGAAACAUUGGAAACGGAGGACAUUGUUAACGUCUUAUUACAAAAAGCAUUCCAUUCAUUCAGUUACAGUGCUAAGUUAGCGACCAAAGAAAGAGGUAGACCACUUCCCAAAAUCAAGGUCACCAGAAGUAAUGGCAACCUCAGUGUUGUGAGUGCUACAUGGUUUGCUAGGUACGCAUGACUUACUGGUAGCAUUACAAGCAAUUGUAACUGAAAAUAAACAUAGCUAAAUAACUUCAGUCAGUGAGGGCAAAAAUAGGCCCAAUGAUAGGCCCAGAUUUUUUGAUUUACUUUUACAAAUCAAUAGUAGGCCUGAUUUGACUAAGAUGCUUUGCAUCCUUUCCUUCUCAAAUUACAGUGAUGCCACUGGUGGCUUUGUAUACAUUUUGUUCACAUAACUCCCUCCCUGCUAUUUUGUAGUUCACCAAAACACCCUGAAACAACUUGAGUCUCACAUUCUUAUGCCACCAUACACCAACAGUGCAAGCAGGCCAAUGGCAACCAAGCGCGCAGUCCUUCCUCCCUCACUUUAAAAACCACCAGCCGCCACUGGUAUACAUAUAUCUAUAUAUAUAUGUAUGCUGCACCAUGAUGCAAAGUGUUAUAAAAAACAUCUCACUCCACGUUACCUCAUUGCAUAUAAAGUAUAAAUCACAUAUAAUUCACAUUAAUAACAGCAUUGUUGCCUAUAUUUCACCUAUAAAAGACGCUUAUAUGCUUUUUAAUCUAUCAUUAUGUAGGGUUUUCUUAUUCGCAUCAGUGUGUGAUUGUAUGAAUAUAUCAUGUCGUGUAGUGUUUUGUACUUUUUAAUCAGUGUUUGUAUGAUUAUAUCAUGUGCAUGGGGAUCCCCUUUGGGAGUAGAACUCUGAGAACACUUGGAUUUACUCCCAUAUGUAAAUACUACUUUGUUUGUAUCACAAUAAGCUGUUUUUCUCUUCUGUACUUGUGUCUUUGAAAUAAAUACUAUUUUAUCACAACACAACAUAAAUACGAUGUAAUACCACCACAGAUAUAAUCUAAAAAUACAACUUUUUCACAGUUCUAUCACAACAGCGAUAUUCAAAAGGUAUUUUAUCACAACUAUAAUUCAGUUAAACAUGGUUGACU